UUUUGACGUUUGCGUUGAGGUAAACAAUACUUUGUCAUUCGGAUAAACAAAUUCAAUAUGGGAAAAACGACGAAGGUGGUCGUUUGUGGAAUGAAAGGUGUAGGAAAGACAGCUUUAUUGGAACAGCUUAUUUACGGGGAUGUUAAUACCAACAAAGAAAUUCAUCCCACGAUCGAGGACAUUUACGUCGCGAACAUAGAAACAGAUCGGGGCACUAAAGAGAAAGUACGAUUUUAUGAUACAGCAGGACUGGAAUCUCUACAAAACAAUGCUAAUAAUCAGCAACUUCCACGACAUUAUCUUGGUUUUGCGGAUGGCUACGUUUUGGUCUACGACACCGCGAAACCGGAAUCCCUGGAUGUACUCUUUCCAUUGAAGAAGGAUAUCGACAGGAAUAAAGAUAAAAAAGAAAUAACUGUGAUCGUUGUCGGUAAUCGGACAAAAGCGGAAGAGGUGUCCCACAGUUUAGAGAAUACGGCGAGUAAAGCGGCGAACUGGUGUACCAGAGAGAAGCUUAAACAUUACGAAGUAAAUGUCAUGGACAGGGUUAGCUUGUUCGAAGCGUUUGUUCAUCUGUCUUCUAGAUUGAAUCCUCCCGCGAAUAAGAGCUCUUUCCCACAGCUGAGUAUGGGGAGAAAGAAUGUGAAAGUUGAGGCACCAUAAUUGUGUUUAUUUACUAU